CGCUUCUCUCGAAUUGCAUCCAUCUCAUCAGCUCCUCUCUUCCCCGCUCUCACAUCCCCUCCAUGGCGACGAUUUCAACUCCAAGAAUCCUUUUCUGCGGCGACGUCCUCGGCCACCUACACCAGCUCUUCAAGCGAGUUCAGACGGUGAACAAAUCGAGCGGGCCCUUCGACGCCCUCUUCUGCGUCGGUCAGUUCUUCCCGGACUCCGCUGACCGCCCCGACGAGCUCUCCGACUACCUCGACGGCCGCGCUGCCGUCCCCAUCCCCACCUACUUCACCGGCGACUACGGCGUUGGCGCCGCGCGGUUCCUCUCUGCCGCCUCCAAGCUCCCCUCCAACCUCGGCUUCAAGACCGACGGCGUCCAGCUCUGCUCCAACCUCUACUGGCUCAAGGGCAGCGGCAAGUUCUCCCUCCACGGGUUAUCGGUGGCUUAUUUAUCUGGUAGGCGUUCACAAGACGCUGGGGGCUAUGGAGUGUACACCGAGGAUGAUGUUGAUGCAUUGAGAGCCCUGGCAGAAGAGCCGGGGAUAGUUGAUAUGUUUUUGACUAAUGAAUGGCCAAGUGGGGUCUCUAAUGGAGCUGAUACUUCCAAUACUCCACCGGGUGUUUCAGAUCCUUCAGGAUAUGAUCCCAUUGUAUCGGAAUUAGUUGCAGAGAUCAAGCCGAGGUAUCAUAUUGCAGGUACUAAAGGUGUAUACUAUGCACGUGAGCCCUAUUGUAACAAAGAAGCUGAACACAUUACCCGUUUUAUUGGACUCGCGGCUGUAGGGAAUAAAGAGAAACAGAAGUUUAUUCAUGCGAUUUCUCCUACUCCAGCAUCUACGAUGUCAACUGCUGAGAUUCGCACAAGACCACCAAACACCACCUUAUCACCAUAUAUCAUUGCAGAGAUAACCAGUCCUGCAAGAGAAGCUACUAAACGUCCUGCCAAUAGUGAUAUUGAUACGCAAUACUGGCGAUUUGAUGUUUCAAAGAGGCAAAAACGGGGAGGGGCAGGUGGGGAUAAAUUGUGCUUCAAGUUUACAUCUUCAGGAUCCUGUUCUCGAGGGGAGAAAUGUAAUUAUCGACACGAUGCGGAUGCGAGGGACCAAUAUCUAAAAAAUGUAUGCUUUGAUUUUCUUAACAAAGGAAAAUGUGAACGAGGUUCUGAUUGCAAUUUUAACCACAGCCUCUCUGACGAUGGGGCUAGUUUCUCUCAGAAUGCAAAAUCUCAUAGUGAUCGGAAGAGCUCAGGGAAAAAUUGUUGGUUCUGCUUGUCAAGCCCAAAUGUUGAGUCACACCUCGUAAUAAGCAUAGGAGAAAGUUACUACUGCACACUUGCUAAGGGCGCGCUUGUGCAGAACCAUGUACUGCUGGUACCAAUUGAGCACUGCCCUAAUACUCUUAUGAUGCCUUCAGAUACAGACAUGGAGCUUGAAAAAUAUAAAAAUGCUCUCAAUGUGUAUUACAAAAACCAGGCAAAGGAAGUUGUCUUUUUUGAGUGGAUAUUUCAACACAGUCCUCAUGCUAACCUUCAGGCUGUUCCCAUUCCAUUAUCUAAAGCAUCCAAUGUUCAGCGGAUUUUCAAUUUAGCUGCCAAGAAAUUAGGAUUUGAAUUUGCAGUGGUGAACCCAGACAAUGAUUCUAGUGAAGGUAGAAAAUUAUUGAGGUCUCAAUUUGAUGGCAAAUCAAGUUUAUUUUAUGUAGAACUCCCUGAAGGUACAAUACUGUUGCAUCUUGUUGAUGACAAAGAGAAGUUCCCAGUCCAGUUUGGGCGUGAGGUGCUAGCAGGCCUGUUAAGUGUUCCAGAACGAGCUGAUUGGAGGAAUUGCAAGCUCAACAAGGAUGAGGAAUUGCAGAUGGUAGAAGGUUUCAAGAAGGGAUUUGGUGACUACGAUCCAGCCAAAUGAUUCAAUCAUGAAAUUCAUUUUGUUCUUACUGAGUAUUCUCAUGCUCUCCUGCAUAAUGAGAAAAGCAUCAAUCUUUUAUGUUACAAAGAGGCAAAUUUCAUAUGGAGACGCAACUUGGGGACGUUGUGAAGGCUUCAGCGGCAAUUUCAAAUACGCAACGGUUCAAAGAGUCGCAUUUUACUAAUGGUGGUUAUAGGCAUAUUGGGAGAUAUUUUGUACUAUUUUUGGUGAUGAAAAGGAUGUUGCACCUAUAAGACCAAAGCUGGGUGCAGUUGCUAUUUCAACUAGUAUAAUAGUCACAGCUAAUUGAUGGUGUUGAACAUGAAUCCUAAUUUUUAGCACUCGCAAAAUUUCAAAACUUAAAACUACCACAAUUUCUGUAACCUAUCAGGUUCUUGGCAAUCGCAGGGUACUUUUUGGAUAUGGUGGCAGUAGUUAGCCAAUGUUGUGCAUUGUGGCUGGAAUCUUGCUGACAACUGAUGCUUUGAUGUAAUAUUAAUGUGGCAUGGUGGUUUCCUAAAA